AUGGAACCACAAGCUCAAAUCGAACUGUUUUUUCGGCUGCAGCGAGAUCGGGAUGAUGUGGAGGUUGGAGACGUCACGUUGGGUACUUUUGAUGCCGCGUCGAAAGUAAAGGAUUUGAGGGAUCAUAUCCGUACUUUUUUGGAAGUUGAUCCGGAAUAUCAAGUAGUUUACGUCAAUCGCGAUGGUCGACGUUUGAAACAACUCGAGGCAGUUGGUGAUACUCUUUUGAAAGAAGCUGGGGUGGAGCAUGGAGACGCGAUUGUUGUGAAACAUGCAAAGCUUGAAACUUGGGAGGACUAUCUGGAGCAAGUGAAAAAGCUCGAGGAUAAGAGCGAGAAGGAAAUCCGCGGGGAAUCCAGAUGGUCAUCAACGAAGGAGGCGAACCUCCGUGAAGAAUUGCUCAAGAUUUCAGAAGAUGCUGCUAAGUCCUUUAAGACUCUUGAAAAAACCCGUUUCUUCUCCGCGUAUAUCCCCUUCAAACGGAUUCGUGAUGAAAACGUCAACAGGACCGGCUUUUUGCUCCUUCACAUCGAGGAAAAUUGGUUUCUAAAAGCUGUUCAAGCUUACUUCGAGAAGGGAAAUCCCCAGGCAUCUGUGACUUGUGAAAUAGUGAAAGGUGCUGGUAUGCAGACUGCCUGUCUCGUUAAAUUGGAGUCGGACGACAAGUCUAUUGCCCAGUACUAUGCCAAGUUCACGGCUGGCAUGAAGCCGGAUCUGUCGCUCAAGAGCAAGGAUCUUCAGUCUUCGAUCUUCGAUCUUCGUGAGAUCUUCGUCUACCGUCUGCUCAGUCUCAUCAAAGUUGGAUCAAAAGAGGUCCACGUUAUACGAGAUGCAGCUGAAAGUGGAUACGUGUAUUUGGCAACAAAGAUAAUUCAUGAUUUCUGGACACGUGACGGACGGUCGGUUGAUGCUACGAUGGAGGGCAAAGGCAAGGAUGAAAAAAAAUGGGGAGCGAUCGAUGAAGCGAGCAGAAAAGUAAUGGAGGCCCAGCUGGAGAUACUUGUCUGGUUGUUAGGCUUAAAAGAUCUGGGGAUGGAAAAUAAGGCCAACUAUGGCUACGUCGAAACUCAAAUUCCGGAGGGAGGUCUGGCGUACGAAUUGAAGAUCGUCGAUUUUACGGUCCAAGCCGAAAAAAGAGCGUGCAAGAAGCCAGAUAAACAGCGUAUCAAUGAAUAUGUCACUGCUUGGAAAAUCAAGGACAAAAUUGAUGAAGCCUAUGCCAAAAUGAAGAAGGACGACCAUGCCAUCGCAAAGAGAUUCAAAGAGGACCACGAAGCCUACGAGAAGGAAGACAGCAAGAAGGAAGUCGCCACGAAGAAUUUGUGCAAAUACGUUGAGGACAUCAAAGGAAGAUUGAAGAUGGUGCAAUCACAAGGCAACGAAUCUCUGAAGAGGAAGCCAGCCAGCGAGGGAGAAGGAAAUAAUGAGAAGAAGGAGAAGAAGGAAGAGGAAGGAAAU